UAGGUCCAUUAUAAUGCAAGCAUGUGUUUUCUAAAUGGCCAAUGAGAGGAAGGUUGAAUGUCAGAGGUCAUAGAUCAGGUCAAUGUUGAGUGUGAUAAAUCGACAGUAGUCAUUCCUCCUCAGUCACUACAGCCUGUAGUGACUCUGAACAGAGUGUACCUGUAUCUGGACCAAAGCAGAUGAGGUCUGACCUUGACAUCUUCCUGGGGUAGUUUGGAAAACAGCAUGGUCUGACUGUCACGUCCUGACCUUAGAGAUCCACAUUUAUUCUCUAUGUUUGGUUAGGGCAGGGUGUGACUCGGCAGAGCCGUGAUGGUAGAGAGGUGUGUUGCUGAAGGGACUGCAGCAUCCAUUCCUGGUGGGGCUCCACUUCUCCUUCCAGACCUCUCACACUCCUUCGUACUGGACUACAUCAAUGGAGGAGAGUUGUUCUACCAUCUCCAGAGGGAGGGAACCUUCCCAGAGCAACAUUCUCAGCCCUGGGCUACCUCCCCUCCCUCAACAGUCUACAGACCUGAAGCCAGAGAACAUCUUAUUGGACAGUGGAGGUCAUGUGGUUCUGACGGAUUUCGUGCUGUGUAAAGAGGGCAUGUCUGUGGGUGGGACUAUGCAAACCUUCUGUGGAACCCCUGAGUAUCUGGCGCCAGAGGUGCUGUUAGGCCACACCUGCUGUGGAGCUGUGGACUGGUGGGGGCUGGGGAGUGUACUUUAUGAGAUGCUUCAUGGACUGCCCCCGUUCUACAGUCGCAGUAAGGCCGAGAUGUUUGAGAACAUCCUUCACGCCCCCCUGCAGCUCCAUAGAAGUGUGUCCCAGUCUGCCUGGACUCUGCUGCAGAGCCUGCUGGAGAGAGACUGUACCAAACACCUUGGGGGGGAACAUGACCUUUCUGGUCCGUGUGAUAUGAGGUAUUUUGACCCGGAGUUCACGCUUCUUCCAGCCCCCGCCUCCCUCGGUUUGAGUGACAUGUUGGGAGACGUGGCCAAUGGAGCCUUCCCAGGGUUCUCCUAUAUGUCUCCGGCUGAGGUUGGAGUCACAGAGCCCUGAUAUCAUUCUAAUAUUUGUGUGUUGAAUAAAUUAAAAUGCAUUUUCC